AUGGCAGCCAUUGAAAUCAAUUCGGAAAUCUUUAACAAGUAUCAAAAAAACGGAAAGCUUCGCCUGAGCACAGGAUACAUUCAGGUGAGUUAUUGAAAUACGAUAAAAAGUUUCAAAUGAAUACAUUUUAGGAAGCUCUCGAAAGCGACGGAUAUCCCGGACAUGACGGAAUCGUCCAAGUUCUGGUUUGUUUCGGUUCUCUUAUUUCGUAAUCGUUCAGUUUUCAGAAAGGAAAAGCGGACUAUGGAGAACAGUCGGGCCACCAUUACACCUACAGAAUUCGCAUAUGCGACGGACUUUUCCAAUACAGUACGUCUUUCAUCGUUAUUUUACAUUCCUAAUUCAUCUUUCUUCUUGCAGACUGCUUGCUGUCGGCCGAAAUUGACGAUCAAAUCCAGCGUGAAGCCGAGAAUCUCGUUGAAGGAACGAUCAUUGCCAUCACCAACUUUGUCAUUUACCAUCAAGGAAGUGGAAUCAAAGCUUCGUUCCUGAUCACUGGAUACCGAAUCCUGUCUCGUUAUCACCAAACUUUGUGCUAUCCGGGUACCAAGUCAAGAUCGCAUUCAGGAAAUCCGGACGAGCAUCGUGGAUACAGGCCGAAUUUCCAGAUCGAUGACGUUUGGCCAGAGGCUGAGCAUCUGGCUCGUGAAUUCCAGGAGAAUAUGACUAUGCCUCCAGCUGCCAAGGCACCGAAAAGAGAAAGCGGAGGAGGUAUAUCAGCUCGUUUCUAAUUUGAAUGAUUCAGUUCAGUUCUAGAAGCGUCUCGCGUCAGAGCUGCUGCUCCAGAACCACCUCGUUCUCGUGCUGCUCCAGAGCCACCUCGUUCUCGUGCUGCUCCACCGGCCGCGCGUCGUGGUACUUCGAAAGACGGAGUCAUUCCAAUCGCGGCCGUCACACCUUACGUCGGAACGAUCAAGAUACAUGGAGUGGUGUCUCGAAAAGAUGAAAUCCGUACGAUUCCCGCAAAGAAUAUGAAAAUUCUCAACUUCGAAUUGACUGAUACUAACGGCGACACCAUCCGAUGCACUGCAUUCAAUGAGACUGCCGAUUCUGUCUAUUCCACGAUCAGUGAGAAUAUGGUAAGAAACGACUAGCCAUUCCAAGAGUGAUAAUUGGUUUGCAGUCGUACUACCUCACUGGUGGUACUGUCCGUGCUGCCAACAAGCAAUUCAAUAACACUGGCCAUGAUUACGAGCUGACUCUCCGUAAUGACACUCAGGUAGUUAAUGAAUCACUCGACUCCAUGUCAAGAUUCAUAUCUCUGCAGAUCGAGGCAGGAGGCGAGGUGGUUGCUGCUCCGAGACUUCAUAUCAAGAGAGUCCCACUCUCAGAAAUCGCUGGAUACUGCGGCCAGAUGAUUGAUGUGCUUGUCGUCGUUGAGAGAAUCGACCAGGAACCGACGAGAUUCACGUCGAAGGCUGGAAAAGAGCUCGUCAAGCGAGAGCUGGAGCUGAUCGAUGAGUCUCAAGCGCAAGCUCGUUUGACUCUGUGGGGAGAUGAGGCUGAGAAGGUGAUUGUCGAUGACUAUCUCCAGAAGGUCACUGCAUUCAAAGGAGUAAUUCCGAAGGAGUUCAACGGCGGAUACUCUCUCAGCACUGGCCAAGGAAGCCGUAUUCUGGCAGUCCCUGAUAUUCCGGGAGUCUCUGAGCUCUAUGACUGGUACAUGAACCAGAAGCCGAAUAUCGAAGUCAAGCUGAUCAGUCAGACUUCUGGCGGAACUGGUGAGGCUCCACGAAUCAUUGCCAGUCUCCAGGACAUGCAGUUCGGAAAGGAUUCCGAGAAAGGAGACUUCGUUACGGUGAAAGCAAUGUGCACGAGAAUCAAUCCGGGAACUGCACUCUACAAGGGAUGCGCUUCGGAUGGCUGUCAGAAGAAGGUGUCCGAAAACGACGGAGAGUACCGAUGCGAGAAGUGCAACAAGAGUCUCAGCGACUUCAAGUGGCUCUACAUGAUGCAGUUGGAGUUGUCGGACGAGACCAGUCAGAUGUACGUGACUGCCUUCGGAGAAACGGCUGCUAAGAUCGUAGGAAUGGCACCAUCGGCAGCCGGCAAACUGAAGGACGACUUCCCGGAAGAAUACAACGCAGUAUUCGAACGUAUCCAGUUCGUUCCCAAGAUGUGGAGACUCCGUUGCAAGAUGGAAACCUAUAAUGUAUGAAUAUUAAAUUGCAAGGCCAAGUGUGAAACUGUCGGUUUUUAGGAGGAAGUUCGUCAAAAGAUGACGGUCUACGGUGUCGAGGAAGUCAACCAGGAUAGAUACAUCGACAACCUGCAACAGCUCAUCGCCCAGAUGGACGAGAUCAAGGAGGAGAACAACGGCUACUAA